GCGCCACCAGCUACGCCACUCUCGGCAAACGGGCAGGACGCGCCGUAACUAGUGAAACGACAACUGCCAUCGCGUCUACUUGUUGAUUUUAUCUACCACCUGCAGCACAAUAUACUUCUAAUUUUUUUCUUCCUCUCUCUCCUCAUCACUCCGCUCGCUUGAAAAUCCAACGUCACGCAUUUCAAACUAGAGAAGUGCGUCUCGUCGACACCGAUUCGAUUACCGAAAAACACGAUUACUAUUAUACUAUACAGAUAGCAGAGAAGAGUCAUUAACAAAUUGUAAAAAUGCACAAUUUAGCUCAUAAUGUUCCAGUGUUGAACUCACCAUCAUCGUUUGUGUAUAAUCAAUUCGGAACUUAUGGAACAACUUAUAACCAAGUUUGUCAGUCCUCAUUAAUAGCGACAGUCCAACCUCCACCGUCUGUGUCUACUUAUAUUAACUCGAUGGUUACCGCUCAAACAAUUACAACACCAGUCGUUUCCUCAAUCAACACUCAAAUUGUGGAUAGUCGCAAUGUUUUGUCUAAUAUACCGUCGCCGACCAUACCGAUGUUUUCAAUUAACAGUCGUCCAAACACAUCAACCAGAGAACAGCUUUCGAAUACUAGAACCACCAAUCCAAUUUUGUUUAAUAAUUCAUCUAUGCAACAACAGUCAUUUUCCACUCAUCAUGCUAUAUUAGCAGAGUCUCUUCAAUUAUCAAUACCACCGCAUCAAAACAGAAUAAUUUCAUCAAACAGAGAUCCGACCACGUUUAAUAAUGUUUCAACACUUCAUCGUAUAGUCCCUUACCAAGCGGUAUUUAAUCAAUUUUCAGCUGCAAUACCAAAUACUCCUCGACACAAUAUCACUUUUGGACCUGAAGGCAGUAAUUUGUUUAUAUACCAUUUACCACAAGAGUUUAGUGACAACGAACUCACCCAUAUGUUUAUGCCAUUCGGUCAAGUGCUGAGCUCAAAAGUGUACAUAGAUAGGGAAACAAAUCAAAGCAAAUGUUUCGGUUUUGUGUCAUUCGAUAAUCUCAACAAGUGCACAAACUGCCAUUCAAGUAAUGAAUGGUUUUCAGAUCUGCCAGAAGAGAUUAAAAGUACAAUUAAAACGCCCAAAGGAAAAAAAUUCUAGUAGAAUUUAUUUUUGAAUGUGAUUGAUUUAUCAAAUUUGAACGAUCUUACGCAUUUAAUUUGAUGUAUGAAACUAGUCAGUAUAGUAGUAUACCGUAAAAUUAAUACAACACUAUUAUUAAAUUCUCUAAGGUAAACAUUUUUAUAAAUGUAUUAUUCUGAGCUAAAAGCGAGCUAAAUUUAAAUAAAAUACAGAUUUCAUUAGGACUAUUAAUAUAAAUUAUUUCAAAAUAUCAACUUAACAAAACGUAUCAAAUAGGUACACAACAAGUAAUUAUGUAGGUACCUAAAUUAUGUAACUUAAUUUUAAUCAAGCCAUUUUUAUGGUUUCAUACAAUCAUUGCAAGUGGUAGGUAAUAAUUCGAUUUGCACAGAAACAGAAAACUGUUCGUAAUAAUAUUAUUAGUGACGCACUCUACUUUUUUUAAACACACAACAACGAAUUUGUUUUUUAUUUUCAAAAUUUAAUUAGUUAGGCUGUAACUUAUAUCUUAUAUCUAAUAAUAGCUACUGAAAAACAAAAAUAUUAAUUCAUAUAAUAACUAAAACCUACCUAUUAAAAUUGUUAUUUUACAACUAAGAAUUAAGUACUUGCAUUAUUCUAUAAUUCUGUAUAAUGUUAGAAUGCGAUAAAAAUAAAAUACUGCUUUACUGACAAAACAUGACAAUAUCAUCAACAGAUUUUCUAUGAUAAACAUAAACCUAUUCGAAAUAUGACAAUAAAAUACCUGGAUAAUACAAAGAUAACCUAACUUAAAUUAAAUCAAAAAAUAUUGUAGUAUAAAAGGUUAAAAUAAUAUGAUUUACCGUUUGGGGUAU